AGUUAUCAAAGCUCAAUUAGUGGAGGCUAAAAACGGGCUACUUUCUUUGGAGAGGUUGAAUCUUGCUGCUAUCAACAAAAAGACAAAGCCACACAUUCUAGAGGCUGACAAGGGCACGAGAUACUUCCAUGCGAUUGUUAAGAGGAAUGUGACUAGAAAUGCCAUAACCUCCAUUUCUUUAGAAGAUGGUAGCCUCACAACAUCCUUGGAACAAAUCUCGAUUUGUUUGAUUCACUGCUGAAGGAUGAUGCUCCUUUUAUCAAUGAUGACCACAACAUGCGAGAAGACAUUGAUAAAAAUGGUGUUAACAAGAGUAGGGAUGAUCGUGGAAUUGAGUCAGACUGCGACGAUGGGAGUAUAAUGGAUGAUACACUUCCAGACACUUUUGAAGACACACCUAUGAUUGAACUUAAACAAAAUUAUAGUAGUUUCGAGUUGUUUUUCCGAGAAUACAGGCAAAAGUUUCAAAUGGUACAAGCUGUAACUGAAAAAGUCACAGAUCACUUUGAUUUCCAUACAGAAACUCCCCAGCCAUUUGAUUUACCAUUAGUCUCAACCUCUGACGAGGAAGGAAAGGAGCAUAUGAGUCUCAACUUCCAAAUGGGAGUAUAAUGGAUGAUACACUUCCAGACAUUUUUGAAGACACACCUAUGAUUGAACUUGAACAAAAUUAUAGUAGUUUUGAGUUUUUUUCCGAGAAUACAGGCAAAAGUUUCAAACGGUACAAGCUGUAACUGACAAAGUCACAUAUCACUGUGAUUUCCAUACAGCAACUCCCCGGCCAUUUGAUUUACCAUUAGUCUCAACCCCUGAUGAGGAAGGAAAGGAGCAUAUGAGUCAUGACAUUGACGAUGAGUUGGGAAAAGAUAAUCACGAGCUCUAAGAGAGUGAUAGCAAGGUAGAUGAUCUCCAUGACGAAGAAGUCCCGCUCCACAUACAAGAUUACUCCUCUUACGUUAGUCCAGAUUUGGAUUUCUUUGAUCCAUUCCUUGGUGAUGAUAUUUCUUUUUGUGUGGAGAAUGAUCACAACUUCUUGGAGAAUAUUAAUGAGAAGAGUGACAAAACGAAAUGGGAUUCAUUCAUGGAGAGUGAUAGUGAGUCAAGAGAAGGUGCUUAGAAUUUUAAUGGUACAUUUGAGCAAGGAAAGGAGGCGUUUGUGAUACAUUUUGAACAUGAGGAUGUGAGGUUCAUACUUCACUUUUGCGCUAAUGAGGGUUAUGAAGACCAUAUGUUACCUUCGUGGUUUCAAGAAUUCAAGAAUCUGCGCCACCUAAGGGCAUUUGUUGAGGGAAAGCAGGAUAAGUUGAUGAUUAGGGCCCCACCACAGUCUUUGCUAUUUGAGAGCAUAUGAGGUAUCGUCGGGCACACGACGUUAAAAAUAGCGUUUCUCGGGAGGCAACCCGAGCUUAUUUCUGCAUUGUUUUUGUUUUUUUUUGUUUGUUGUUUGGUUGUUUUGCUUUGUGAUAUUGUGCAGCUCAGGGUUUUCCGUUGGGAUGAUUUGCCGAUGGUUAUUUGACUCGGUUUAGUUCUGCAUCGAUCAACGCCCUUAGGGAAGUUUUCACGAUUAUUCUUUACGCCUGUUUAAAAUAUUGACUUGAGUUGAAUUUGAUCACACGUGACCCUUUCCCCUUUACCCCUUUGUGCAUAGUGCAUUUUUGGCCAUCGAGGGUGAUGUCAAAGUUUAAGUGUGGGGGAGUGAAUUGGGCAAUCGGGCAGUAGUUGUUACAUGAGAUUAAUUCGGUUAGCAUGUGCAAGGAUGUUUUUACUUGGACUGUAAUUUGUCCCAGACCAGACCAGACCAAACCAGACCAGAUCAGACCAGACCAGACCAGACUUGGAUAGUUAUAAAAAUACAAAGAAACCAGACCAGAUCAGACCAGACCAGCAAAUUACAGUCCAAGUAAAAACAUCCCAAGUGUUAAUUAGGUUAGCAUGUCAAAAUUUUUGAAAUUUUUUCUUUAAACUGUGUCUUUGUGAGCUGGCUAGAGUUUUGACUAUGCUUUUAGAACAUCUUUGAAGUGUUUAGACUUAAAUUGCUUGAACUAUAAUCUAGUUAUUGAGAGGAUGAAGGCACUAGUCACUCAUUUAAUUCAUAUUUUCCCAUCCCACCUGAAUAAGUCCUUUAGGAGAAGCCACGUUGAACCUGACCAUUUUGUUCUUUACCCAUUAAAUGAGCUCCAUAGCCAAAUGACAUGUUUUCUUACCCGUGAAUAAUUCUGGCAGAGUCUUGGUGUUUAGGGAACUAGGGGAUUAAUUUGUUAAGUUUAGGGAACUGUUGUAGGAGCCACCGUUGGCACUGUUCCUAUGCCCCAAAUAAGGUAAGAGUAGUCACUUUUUAGGAAUUUGAUAUUUUCGGAGAUUGCGUUGUAAGCAUGGAUUCACCCACUUUAAAUAAACUUUAAUUGAGAAUUUUCCUUGGUGAGGCCGAGAUUAGAAUGAGGUAAUGUCUAGUGAAAAUCUGAAAAAAUCCAGAAAAAAAUAAUUAAUAUAGCUAGACCUCUUACCUUGCGAAAAAGAUAAUGGGAGCCGAGGUCAAAAAGCGUAAGUGUUUUGCACAAUAAUAUGAGACUUGGGUAUCUUUCGAAAGAAAUGGUGUUCUCGUGCCAACAUGACAAGGAAAACUGAUCUUAAUUAAUUAAACUUGGAGGCUAUUGAAAAAUUAGCAUGAGUCCUUCGCGUACUUCAAGUAUACUUCAAAGCACUAAUGUGCAACGACGGAUUAGCUUAGUUGUACACCAUGUCUACUCUUUGCAUAGGUUUAGAUGAUAAUUCCUAAUUUGUGGUCUCCUAAAUUCCAUGAUCCUAAGAAUAGCCCUGAAAUUCCUGAAUGCAUUAAGUCCUUGUAAUGUUGUUCCAAAACUCUCAAAGAAAUGGACCGUAAAUUCCUUACCAUUCACAACCACCUUCACAAGUCCUUCAGAUCGAUAGCUAGUUUUUAGUGUAUGUUGUCAUUAGUUUGAGGAUGUUGUGAUUAAUUUUGUGAUUUAUUUUAGCUAGAUUACAAAGAUGUAGUUUAUGGAAGAUUUUUCUUGGUUUAGCUGUCUAUUAUGUCAAUAUCCCUUUAACUACCCGUGCAUGCUAAUAAUAUUAAAUUUCGUUUGGUGAUUAUCGUAAGUCCCGUUGUUCAGUUUGCUUGAGGACAGGCAAAAGGUUAAGUGUGGGGGAAUCUGAUAAGUUCGUAUUACAACACGCAUUUGAUGCGUGUUGGGAUCGGCUUUUGAUGAUUUUCCUAGCUUUAAGGUGUCAUAAGUCCCAAUUUUAACUCAAGUUAUGUUUACCGAGUGUUGGUUUGAGUUUUGUAUUGUUUGGAGUCAAAAUCAAGGGAUUAGAGUUCGACAUCUGCGCUUGAGAAGAAAUCGGGAUAAGUCAAGAUGAAUUCAAGAGAGAUUUGAGAGAUUUGAAGGUCACCAGGAGGUUCACGGUGAAGAUUGAUGACAAAAGAACUCUAGGAGUGGCUAUGGGAUCAAAAGAAGACGGAUAAAGCUUGAAAACGACGUUCAGGAUGACCUUCUAUCAAUCGCUCAAGCAUAUCUUUUUGUAGAAACAUCCAAAGAACACGGUUCGAGUUCCAUAUGGAAUACAACUUCAAGGGCUACAAAUCAUAUGAAGACACCAUUGCGAGGACCUGAGUGGAGAAAGUUGUUGUGGAUAGAGGACUUUAUUAUCUACAACUUUGAUGAAGGAAGCAUAGACAAAUUCGGAUAAUACGAGCACGCACGAUCGUGCCCAGAAUUGGGCACGCCGUGCGUGAUGAAGAAAUCAUGGGGAAGCUACUGCCGUCCACGCUCGGCGAGCGUGGCCCCGUAAUGCAGAAUUAUGCUCCGGACGCUCACCGCCACACGCGCCGAGCGUGCCCCCCAGAAGUCCCGAUUUCGCCCUGAUUUGACCGUUUCCUAUAUAUAUCACCCCUAAACCCUAUUUUGAGGGGGGUAACUUAGAGAGAUGGCCUAGCAUGAAAUUUUGAGAGCUUUUCAGCCUUGUUCUUCAAUUCUUUGAGAUCCUUUGUUAGGGUUGUCUUGACUUGGUGUACUCUCGUGCCAUCAACGACAGAGAAACAUUUCUUGAGAUCCUGCCACAGUUCGUAUGCGUUUUCGUAGUGCGAGAGGGUAUGCUUCAAAUCAUGUGCUAUGGUGUUCAAGAUCCAAGAAACAAGCAUCAAAUGAAUUGUUAGCCAAUCAUCAUCCGUGCACGGUGGUUUUGCUUUAAGGAUGAUUCCGUCUACGAAAACGUAUUUUCAUCGCGCCCUCAAAGCUAAUUCUCCGCAUUCAAAUGCACCGGCGUUAUGAAGUCGCCCAGUCGGUCUUGCGGCCCUAGAAAAAAGGGUGAAGUAUGAUCAAUUUUUGCAGGGGUGUCUUCACUGUCUCCUGCUGCCAUUGUUGAUGGACAAAGUGUAUUUGUCGUUAGUGAGUCUUUGGAGGAUUUGAUACCAUGUUAAGACCUGAGAUUCUAUCCUAAAAGGUCAACCUGAUAGGAGGAAUAGCAUGUGUCAUAAUAUAGCACUUUGUUGAUUCAAACUUUUCCUGUGGGGGAUUCUAACACCCCUCCUCACGACCAGACACUUCGUCUGGAUCGUGCCAUCAAUCAUAUUUUCGUCGGUUCAUCAUUGUCAUUUUUUAAUCGUGUCGUCAUUUUUAAUAAGGGGCUCACACCAUGGUUAUGGAUCGGUUUGGCUCUGAUACCA